CGGAAUGCAUGGUUCCCUGUAGACUAGUAAGUGAGCGAGAAAAGCAGUCAUCUUUGAUAUGCAAACAGAGAAAUCGAGAAUGAGUUCAGCAAACCCUAAACACAGACAAUGGAGCUUCACAUGGGAAGCUCAGUCUCACACUCCAACUCUCAAAUUAUUACUUUUUAAUUCCCACCUAAACCCUUCAUUACACUGCAAUAACACCCUCCAAGUCAACCUAAACCUCUCGCAAACUCACCUUCUCGUCACCUGCACUGUCGAACAUACAGAAAAAGUCUCACUUAAAGUACCCAUUCCUAAAGUUCUGAUAGACCCAGAUGCUCAAUUGAGUUUUAGAGCUUUGGAUGAUUAUAUUGAAGUUAAGCUUGUCUUACUUCUUCCCGUCGAUCACCCUAUUUUUUCUAACUUCAUUCUGGUUGACGAUGAUGGAGAGAACAGUAAUGUUUUGGGUUCUCUGGAACCACUUUAUGUGGACUCUGAUUUGAAGAGUUUAUCUUCCAUGAAAGAAGUUAACUUUUACUGCAGAAGUUGCUCAACUAAAUUGACGACGAGUCCGAUAAGAAAUUUUGUGGAAAUGCCAUCGGUCAACUGGCGAGAGUCGGCAGACAGCUGGUUUGGAAAUUGCUGUUGUUCGUUUGGAGGUAUAAGUGAGAAGCUGGUGAAUAGGUUUGCAGAUGCCUAUACAUGUCCAAGUGGUGUUGGCUUGUUGAGUUCUACAGCUGUUACUCUGUCCAUCGAUGAUCUUGUAGGUUGUAAAAUUGCUGAUUCUGAUAGGAUACAAAAGCAUGAACCUGAAAUGGAACUUUGUGGUCACGAUGGUUUAAGUGAACAUGAAACAGAGAUGUUAGAUUUUGGAUCAAAACCCGAAAGUGAUGCAACUUCUGAUAGUAAUAGUAAUACUGAAAGAGUUCUUGAUCAUGGUAUGAAUAGGACAUUGAGUUCUUCACAUCUCAACCUUGAAAACCUUUUUGAGAAACUGAAUUGCAACGACGAGGAAAAAUCUGAUGGUAAUAGAUCAAUUUGUCUGCCAUCAGCAUCUGUUCUAUCUGAAAAUGUAGCUUCAAGAACUGGAUGCUGUGAUUCAAUCCAUCAUGUCCAAUACUCUGUUGAAAUAAGCACACAUGCUGCACAUCAACCUCCAUUAGUUUGCCAGAAAACUACAAAGCCUAUUGAGACUUCAGCAAAUCGAACUUCUUUACUUAAUGGGUUCCUUGGAGAUGUUUUUAUGGCUAGAUCCUAUCAUCUUUCAAAGGAUGUUGGAUGGAAACAAUUUGUCUGCCCUCACUGUUGUACGCUUCUAGGUGCUUAUCCUUGUGCUCAUGGUGACGUACCUUUGGAUGAUGGAGUUAGGCUCUUUAAGUGUUGUCUUUCUACUUCUUUGCCAGUUUGUGGAUCUGAUGAUUUGUUCAGGAAAUAUAAUUUGGAGAAAAUGUUCACGAAUCAACUAAUGGAAAGUGCAAAAGAUGAAUUGUCAUUCCGGACUGUGGUUAGGGAUUUGACGACGAAGUCACCCAUGCUGCAAAUGGUUCUUGUAAAUCCAGAUUCAUGGUGUUAUAAUGGUAACUGUUCAGAAUCAGAGAGCAGUGUCGAAUCAGUAUCAAAGGUAGAUUUACACCCUGUUAUCAAGCUUCUGUUUUCUGAAUGCAGCAAAGAUGAAGAAUCUCAAUCGAGGGUGUUAGAAGAUUGGAUAUCCAAGAAUCAAGCUGAUGAAUUUUUCAUGCUGCCACAGCUAAUAGAAAAGCUGACUGAAACCAUGAGAUCCACAAAAAAAAUUCUUCCACCUUCUUGUACUUCCUUCCAAAAUUUGUCCUUGUCAUUCCUGCUGAGAUAACGGUGAGUUUUGAAUAGCUAUGAACUUUAUUUAAUCCAAAUGGAAGAUCUGAAUGGAAUAUGCUAUUCAAGGUACGAGAUAUUAAACUGAAAUUCUACAAAAUAGCAUCACUGUUUGAUUAUGUAGGAGAGAUUUUGUUUCACUUUGUAUUGUUUAAACUCUUUGAUCGAUUGAGAAAAUGAGAAGACUGGCGUUAUUUUCAA